UCUCGUUGAGCAGCCGGCAGCUGGUGGUGUCCUCGCUCGCCCUCCUCUCUCUCGCCUCUUCCCGGACGGAAGGAGGAAACAACUCUCAACCCUGAUAUAUCCCGGAAUACGCGAGCAGCAUCUUCUCCUUCUCUUUUCUCUCUCUCUCUCUCUGUCGCGAGAUCAGAGACGACCGAUAAGAUCGCCAAGACCGAAGGAAAACGAUUAGCCGGCGCGACUUUACGAGCGAGAUCGAGGUGGUGAGAGAGAGUUUCCGUUUUCCGAGAGUCGUCGACUGGCUCGUCGUCGACUGUGCCGAAAGUACAACACUCAUCAACAUCGACACCGACAGCGAAGGAAGGACUCGGAUGGUGGUGAAACUCUCUCACAAACACGGAUAACGGUAGCGGGUGCUUCGCCGGUGGUGUGAAUUGUCGAGAGAACCCGAGAGAGUCUGAGAGGGAGAAUCAACCGGCGUGAUGAGGCGGAAAUACCUUCUGUGCUUCCUGUGGGCCGCGUCGCUGCUGAGGGUGGACGUCUUCGUCGCUGCCGAAGCCGAUCCGGCGAUCCUGAGUGGCCCCGAAUUCCCGCAUCUUCAACAGAGCCGUCUCGUGCACGACCCGCGACCUCGUCUCUCGGCUUCCCAGCAAGCCCAGAUACUGAGCGACGUGCAGCAACACCAGCAACGGUACCGGCGUCCCAUUCAAGACUCGAAGAACUCGCGAAUAGGCUCCUUCCAGUCGUACGACCAGGUGACACCAAAGUAUCAGCAGCAGUCCAGCACGCCGUAUCCAUCCUUGGCUAAGUACAAGGUCGAUCGAGCGAAGCAGCAGCAGUUGCAGCAGCUUCUGCAGCAGCAGCAACAGGUGCAACAGCUUCUGCAGCAGCAGCAGCAGAAGAUCGCCCAGCAACUCAGCACUACCGCGGAUUUCGUGGGUGGUAACGCGCCGCAGUACCAACGGCAGCAGUACCAACAACAGCAACAGCAGCAACAGUACAACAACCAGUACCAGAACGGCUUCCAAAACCUCCAUCAGGACUUGUCGCAGCCGCUGUUCAGCGACCAGCAGACGCUGCAAUUGCAGGAGUACUUGGAGAAGCAGCGCGAGCUAGAGCUGCUGCAGAAGCAACGGCAGCAGUUGCUGUACGAGCAGCAAGAGCUGCGACGGCAGCAGGAGCAACUGCGGCUCCAGCAAUUGCAAAGACUCACCUCUACUACGCCGUUAUCGUUGCCGCCGUCGUCGACCGCGGUUCCCAUCGUCGCCAGCACCACCUCGUCGUCGGUGCUCCUAUCGUCGCCGCCGGCAGCGCGACAAAUCACGCCGUCCGAGACGGACCUCUUCCUCAAGGCGAUCGCCAGCCAUCAGAAGAAAUAUACACCGAGCACGGCGGCGACGACAACGACGACGACAACCACUACAACAACCACCACCACUCCUGCGCCACCAUCCCCGCCACCCAAAACGGUCAAAGUCUCCAAGGUUCACCAGGAGUCGUCGAGCAUACCCGACAACCUGCUCAGUCUGAUUCAGGAACAAGAGAGCCAACUGGCGCAGCAGGGCAAGCCGAAGCCGCAGAUCAAGGUGAUCUAUCAGACCGAGAGGCCCGGCAGACCGGGCGGUGCCAGAAAUCGGCCUUCCCAGCAGUCGAGCGAGAGGGAGCAGUUGCUGAAGCAGUUGAAGCUCGCGCUGGCUCAGUCCGGCGAGGACGACGUCAGAAACGUGACCACCAGGGACCUGAUCCUGCCGAACGGGAAGAAACUUCAAGUGAUUCACGCGCCGAACGGCCUGUCCUCCAUCGUGCCGGCCGGUAGCUCCGUACAGAGCUCGAUCUCGCCGUCCUCCAGCUCGACUACCACGACGACGAUCAAGCCGCCCGGGGCGAUCUUCGAGGAGCUGACGAAAGGCGGCGUACUGCCGGCGGGCGCCGACUUCGAGAUAAUCCGGCAAAAGAGCGACGGUAGGCUGGAGGAGGUCGGCAAGGCGCCGAUUCAGAACCUGCCGGCGAAGAAGGUGACGUUCGUCGUGCUGGAGGAGCAGCCGGACGGCAGCUACAAGGUGCAGGGGGUGAAGGGGAACGCCGAGAAGGAGAGCGGCACGGACGUCGAGUCGAUCGUCGAGAGGAUCAAGAAGGGCGAGCUGAAGCUGCCGCCCAGCUCGCUCAGCCCGACCACCCCCGCCGGCCUCGAGCAGCAAUUCGAGUCCAGCGUCGAGCCGGUGACCAUCCAGGCCAAGACGUCCCAUCACUCCGCCAGCACGCCGCCCUCGACCUUCAGGCCUACCACCGUCAGGUCUACCCCGACCAGCAGGUCAACGACAACGGACUACUUCCCUUACGUCACGGUGUCGCCGAACUCGGUGUCCACCACCGACAAGUACGUGACCUCCGCGUCCAGCGUAACCGGCCACGUGUACAACACCCUGAACACCAGCCCGAAGACGAGCCUGUCGGACCACAUACCGCGGGUCACCAGCAAAUACUCGUCCACCAGGAGCCAAUUCAUCCCGACGAUGGCGCCGGUCAACGAGAUCGUGACAACGCCGACGACACCGCCGGCGACCUUCUCGCAUCACACGACCACUUCCUACAUCCACUUCUCCGCUAGCCCGACCACGGCUCUGUCGACGUUGAGAGCAUCUCCCGGAACGUCGGUGUCCAGUUCGCCGAACGAGAAUACCAUCUACCAGAGUACCACGUUGUCGCCGACCGAGACCGUCAAGAGCCAGACGUUAGCGGAAAGUCUGGGUACCCUGCUGAGGAGAGAUGGUCUCUUCGCUAUGGCCAAGUACCUGAGACAGUCCGGGCUGGACAAUGUGUUGAACGAAACUGGUCCAUACACUAUAUUCGUUCCUACGGACAAGGCCUUCAGGACAUUGCUGGUGCAACUGGGAGGACCUGAGAAGGCUGAACAGAAGUUCCAAGAAAACCCAAGACUUCUGAGUGGGCUCCUUCUUCAUCACGUGAUACCGGGAGCUUUCAGGAUCGAUUCCCUGCAGGAUGAGAUGACCGGCGUUAGCCUCGCCGGGACACAAUUGCGAGUGAACGACUACGCGAUGCAGGAUCACGAGUGGAACGACGUAAAGGUGACGACGAUAAACGGGGCACGCGUCGCGCCCAAUAAACGAGACAUCGAGAUCCCUCAAGGUAUCGCCCACGCCGUCGAUCGGGUCAUGUUCCCGCUCCCGGUCGGGGACUUGGUGCAAACGCUGCAGGCCGAUCGUGAGAGGAGGUUCACCACGUUCCUCAGAAUACUCCACGCGUCGGGCUUGGAGGACACGCUCACAGGACCGAAGCCAUUUACCAUCUUCGCGCCGACUGAUUCCGCUUUCACCGACGCGUCCACGAAGAACGGCGCUCCAAUUUGGACCGAAGAGGACGGCCCGGACGCAGCGAAAACGAUAAUUUCGAAGCACGUGAUUCCUACGACGCUCUACACCGCAGGAAUGAGGUAUUACAUCCAAAAGGAUACCCUCCGCCCGCAAUCGCCGGUUCAUAUCCACAAAAACAGCGGACGAGUACGGGUGAACGAGGCGCACGUCUUGACGCACAAUGUGCCGGCGACGAACGGAGUGCUGCACGCGAUCGACGGUAUCCUGUAAAGGUUUAUACGUGAACGCGAAUCAACGAUCGAAUCGCAGCGACCAUGCAGCUGAUAUUAUCUGUAAUAUUGAGACGUAUACAACAGUUUCUCAGACCGAGAAACGCCGAUGUACGCGUCAGCGAACGUGAAGAUACCUGCGUAGGUGCGACCGAAUGCACGACUAUUCAAUUGGCGAAACGUAUCCGAUUCAAUCGGCAGCAGCAGAGUGUCCAGUUCGCGUAUUCAUCGCGCGACGUGCUCGUCGCGCGCUCGCGUCACGAUUGGAUUCCUAUCAAAUCGUUUAAAUUAACGCGUUAAUGCCAUAGAUGUGUCCGAAGAUUAAAGCGGGGUCUACAAUGAGAAUUUAACGCGUAAGAUUUAAGAAACUGACCAAUCAUAAUUGGUUUUUCCUUAUAAUUCGACUGAUUGAUCAAUUUCUUAAGAAUUACAGCUUAAAACAUCUAUUGUAGACCGGGACUAAAGCGGGGUCUGCAAUGUUUUUUAAGUCUGCAAUGUGUUUUAAGCUUUAAGCCUUAGAAAUCGAUCAAUCACUAUAGAUUAUUCUUCUAUAAUUAGAU